UCUUUUGAAAGCUUCUGGAGUGACAGAGUGGAAGGUGUGGUCAGACAAGGGGGCUCCGAGUUCUUGUUUGGGAGGACAAAGCAGAGGAUUACUUCAAGAACUUUCUGCAGCCCACCUGUAGGACAGCUACUAAGCUCAAGGGAAGUCAAGACCGUAGUGGAAAUAAAGUUCAGCUCAGCUGAGAAGACAAACACUUUCAAAAAAGACAAAGUAUUGAAGUGGGUAGAAAUCUCGGGAUUUGAAGUAGUCAAUUGUGGAAAUUAUGGGCUGGGCCUUAACCGGAAGUCGGCCCUCUUCAUUCAUCAGAAGACACACUCAGGAGGAAAGCCUUAUUUUUGCAGUGAGUGUGGCCUAAGCUUUAGCUAUAACUCAGCUCUCAUCACACACACGAGGUCACACACAGGGGAGAAGCCUUACCUCUGCACAGAGUGAGGGCAGGCCUUCAGCCAGAAGUCAAACCUGGUCACACACAAGAUGGCACACUCUGGGGAGAAGCCUUUCACAUGUGAGGAGUGUGGGCGAAGCUUUAGCCAGAAGUCAACCCUCAUCAGACACCUCAGGACCCACUCAGGAGAGAAGCCCUUUGGGUGCCGGCAGUGUGGGCGAGGCUUCAGGGAUAAGUCAAACCUUAUCACACACCAGAGGACUCACUCAUGGGGGAAGCCUUAUGCAUGCAGGGACUGUGGGAGGCUUUUUAGAGAUAAAUCAAGUCUCAGCAAACACCAGAGGAUUCAUUCAGGGGAGAAUGCUCAUCUGUGCAAUUACUGUGGCCGGACCUUUAGUCAGAAGUCAUACCUCAUAAAGCACAAGAGGACACACUCAGGAGAGAAGCCUUUUGUGUAUCCGGAGUGUGGACGAGGCUUUAGUGAUAAGUCAAAUCUUACCACACGCCGGAGGACACACUCAAGGGAGAACCCCUAUAUGUGUGCAGAAUGUGGACGAAGCUUUAGUGUUAAGUCAGCUCUCAUUACAUACCAGAGGACACACUCAGGAGAGAAGCCUUACAUGUGCAAAGAAUGUGGGAGAGCCUUUAGACAUAAGUCGACUCUCAUUGCCCAUCAGAGGACACACUCAGGAGAGAAGCAUUUUGUGCGCAGGGAGUGUGGACGAGGCUUCAGACAGAAGUCACACCUCAUCAGUCAUCAGAGGACACACUCUGGGGAGAAGGCUUAUGUGUGCACCGAGUGUGGGCAAGGCUUUAGCCAGAAGGCAAAUCUGGUCAGGCACAAGAUGGCCCACUCAAGGGAGAAGCUCUUUGUGUGUGGGGAGUGUGGGCGAGGCUUCAGCCAGAAGUCGGCCCUUAUGAGACACCAGAGGUCACUUCUGCUGUAGAGAAGCUUUAAGCACAGGGAGUGUAGGCAAGGCUUUAGCAAUAAAUCAUACGUUAUCAUGCAAGAAAAGACAACUUUAGGGGAAAUCUCAUGUGUGCAACAGAUGGCCUUCUGAGAUAACUCUCACCAGAGGACAGGAGAAGACCUACGUAUGUAAAGCAGUGGUUCUCAACUAGAAGCGGUUUUACCUCCAGACGACAUUUGUUGAUGUCUGGAGACAUUUUUUUGUUGUCACAACUGGGAGGCUGCUACUGGCAUCUAGUGAGUGGAGGCCAAGGAUGCUGCUAAACAUCCUAUGAUGCACAGGACAGCUCCCAUCAGCAAGGAGUUAUCUGACCCUGUAAGAUUUGGACCCCUCCAAGGCUGGCUUUGGCUCCAGAACCCUCCCUGUGGUUUGGUGGGAGAUUUCUCAGACUGCUGCAGCUGAGUCUUCCUACCCCACCAUCCUUCCCUCCCCUUUUCCUUCAUAUCUGAAUCUGAUGCCUCUCUCUGCCUUCUCUGACUUCCUUUCCAUUUUUUCCUCAAUGUGAUUUUCCCAAGAGUCUCUUGCAAGUCUAAUCCUGUCUUCUUUCACAGAAGACUCCAACUAACACAGUUAUGAAGAGAAAAUGGUAAGUUUACAGUGAAGCAGCUUAGCCUGCAUCACCUUCACAAAGUCAGCCACUAAUAUUGGGACAGGUUGAUGCCACAGGCCUACUAAUAGGAUUCAUUGAAAAGGAUAGCAUGUCUUUGUUGUUUUUUAAUAUUCCUGCCAAAAAAUGUGUAACCUAAGUCUUAUCAUGAGAAAUCAUUAGAUAAACCUAAAUGAAAAAAUAUUCUACAAAAACUUCCCCUGUAGUCUUCAAAAAUAGUAAGACCAAGAAAGACAAAGGAAGGCUGAUAAACUGUUCUAGAUUAAAGGAAAUUAUGGAGACAUGACCACUUAAUACAGUGCUUGAUAUAGGAUUUGAUCCUGGACAGAAAAAAAUAUAGUCACAAAAGACUAUGGAUUAGAGAAUAGUGUUUAAUCAAUGUUAAAUCAAUGAUAAAUGCAGUGUAGUGUGGUCAUGGAAGUCAUGUCUUUGCUCUGGAAAUACACAGGUGAAUUUUUAGGGGUAUAGACACACAGUGACUCCAACUUAUUCACAAAUUGUUCAGAAAAAAAUGGUCUCAAAGUGUUCAUAGAAAACAAAAUGCGUAUGUCAAGUAUAAAUAUAUUUUCCAGUAGAGGGGGUAGGAGAGAGGGAGAGAGAGAGAAAGAGAAAAAGAGAAAGAAUGGAACAAAUACAAACCAAGCAUUGGCAAAUCCACUUAAAAGAUAUACGAGAGUGCCUUAUACUUUUCGUACCACUUUCCUCGAAGUUUGAUAGUAUAUCAAAAUAAAAACGUUAGCAAAAAAGAGAAAAAGGAAGGGAGGAAAGAAGGAAGGAAGGACAAAAAAGAUAGAAAGGAAGGAAGGAAAAAGGCAGCUCCGGGGAUGCUGGGUUGGUUGGUGGUUGGAAUAAUCACGGUUACAAUUGGACCUACAUAGCCCGGAACAACUCAACUCCUGGAGAAAUUAGAAAUGUUAGCUCAUAUCCUAAUUGUCAGAUAGAGGAAAAAGGCUUGCACUUUCUGUGAAAUAUCCAUACAUUAGUCUCCAAAAGUUUUUUU